CCCGCGCGCUUCGACGACGCCGCGCGCGAGGCGACGAUCACCGCCGCGCGCCUCGGCGGCUUCGACGCCGUGCACCUCAUCACGGAGCCCGAGGCCGCCGCGCUGGCCUACGGCUCGCGCGUCCGCGGCGGCGGCGCGACGCAGCGCGUGCUCGUCUUCGAUCUCGGCGGCGGCACCUUCGACGCGUCCGUCGUCCUCUUGGCGGACGCGAACGCGACGCUCGCGAGCCUGGGCGGCGACGCGAAGCUCGGCGGCGACGACUUCGACGCGGCGCUCGCGGAGCACCUGAGCGACCGCUUCUACGACGCGCACGGCCUGCCCGUCGCCGCGCCGACGGCGCGGCUCCGCCUGCUCGCCGAGGCG